AAGAAUCUCUUCGACCAUUGGCUUAUUGUCCCAUUUCUCACAAUCCACCGUUUUGCUACUUCCUUUUUCCUUUCGGCCAUUUUCCUCCCUAGUAGGGAAGUAGGCAGCCAUGGCCCCCAGCCGAAAUGGAAUGAUUUUGAACCCUCACUUUCACAAAGACUGGCAGAAACGAGUGCGCACAUGGUUCAACCAGCCAGCCAGGAAGAUCCGCAGACGAAAGGCUCGCCAGGCCAAGGCACGUCGCCUUGCUCCCCGUCCUGUCUCUGGACCACUGAGGCCACAGGUCAGGUGUCCCACUAUCAGGUAUCACACCAAGGUUCGUGCCGGACGUGGCUUCACCCUGGAGGAACUCAAGGCGGCUGGAAUCCACAGAAAGACAGCCCGCACCAUUGGCAUCUCUGUUGACCCCCGCCGUCGCAACAGAUCCACAGAAUCUCUUCAGGCUAACGUGCAGCGCCUGAAGGAGUACCGCUCCAAGCUCAUCCUUUUCCCCAGGAAGGCUUCUGCCCCCAAGAAGGGAGACAGCACUGAGGAGGAGCUGAAGAUGGCUACUCAGCUCACUGGUCCAGUCAUGCCCAUCAAAACCGUGCACAAGAAGGAGAAGGCCAGGGUUAUCUCUGAGGAUGAGAAGAACUUCAAGGCCUUCGCCAGUCUGCGCAUGGCUCGCGCCAAUGCUCGUCUUUUCGGCAUUCGUGCCAAGAGAGCCAAAGAGGCUGCCGAGCAGGACGUGGAAAAGAAGAAGUGAAAACAGUUACUAUGGAACUUUGCAAAAUAAAGUGUUUAAAAGAUCGA